AUGGGAGCGGUCGAGCGGAUGCGGCUUCGCGCAGCUGUGCUAUCGGCGCUCGUGUGCCUCGCGCUCGGAGAACUCUACGUACCGGGCUCGGUUCCCGUCGACGACGAUGCGCCCCAGGUCCGUGUGGGCGAAUGCGUACCAGGUGAUAUUCCAACCGACGGCCCCGACCCGACGGACAACUGCAACGCUUUUUUCAAGAGCCAGGGGAUGAGUUACGACGCGUACCCCAUCCCGCCGGUUUGUUCCACCGCGUGCACGUUCGAGGAAACCUCUCCCCCCGACGAGGGCCGUGGCGCGACCUACGCCAUGCAGUGGCAAACGCGUGGCCUGAAUCGAGCCGUCGGAGCCUCCGAGGGUUGCGGGGCGUCCCUGCCCUUCGACCCGUGGACCGGGGCGGUCACGCUGCGGCCCGGAAGGUACAUCCUCCAGGGGAGCGCCCUGGGUUCGACGUCCAACUUCAUGGCCGCCCGCAUCGCCCGUCUCGACGCCGAGACGAACGAAGCGGAGACAAUCGCGCUGGGAACGGCGCAGUACGCCGCCGAAGUAGACGGCGCGAAGGCGUUCGCCAACUCGGUCGUGGCUCCCGUGGAGUACCUCGCGUGUCAGGAGACGAAGAUUCUCCUGCAGCACUGGAAGCACGUCAAAGCCACGGGGGACUGGGGCCCGCUGCCUUCCACCGGUUUCGACGAGCCGCGAACGGUGCACGCGUCCCUCUCGGUGCGAAGGGUCGGGGGCGAGGGCGGGUGCGCGUCGUCCGACCCGGACCCGGAUGACGACGUCGAGGCGACCCGGACGUGCACGUUCCGCGAGGCGGCCGCGAUAUGCGACGGGAACGGAUUCGGGACGAGCACCGCGGACGCCUGGAACGAGCGACUCUUGUACGACCCGGAAACGUCCGGAGACGCCGCGAAGUGCGGCGCGAGCGUGGCGGAUGACGGACGCGGGAUCGUCGUGCAGCCCGGCACGUACCUGGUCUCCGCCGUCAGCCCGGGCAUCCGGUCGUUGAUCUUCGUCGUCCGCCUCGCAAAGUACGAUUCGAACGGGGCGUACGUGGAGACUGUCGCGUUGGGCUCGCACGGGUUCGAGAGAGUCACCGACGGACACCCGGAGACGAACGCCCUGAGCGUGAUCCUCGGCACCGAGGUGACGGUGACGGAGCCCACGAGGUUCAGGCUCGAGCAGUACGUCGAUGCCUCAGCCACGAGCGGCGAUAGUAAAGGCCGAGCCCCAGGGUACUUCAUAAACGCCGGCCAUUUCAACGAUUGCGACGGCGACCUGUCAUCAUAUGGCGCCAACAACGUCAUCCCGGUGAUUGGCGCGCAGCUGACGGUCGAGAGACUUUCACGGGAUCGAAUCGGGCGGUCGUGCCUUUUCCGUGAGACCAUCGACGCCACCACCGCUCAACCCGACAGAUUCAUGGUCAACUCGGCGACGGGCCAGGACGGCAUCAUCGCGUAUACGUGGAACAACGGCAGGCUACUCAACGAUCAUGUCUCGUCCCCGCACUCCAACGCCACCGUGAACUGCGGCCUGAUGAGUUCGACGGUGGACGCAGACGGCACGUCGUUCCAGCUCGCGGCGGGUAACUAUCUCCUGGAGGCCGUGUCCAUGGGAUACGCCAUGUCCUACGGGGCGGCGCGGCUCGUCGCGGUCAACUCGACCGGCUCGAAGUUCACAGUCGCGAUGUCGACCUCGACCAAGGACGAGACUUACGCCACUGGUGUUAAUGGAGGCGAGCGAAACGAGCUCAUGUUCAUCGGACCCGUUCACAUCACGGUGAAGGCGACGUCGGCGGGCGCCGGGGCCUCCGAGGAUCUUCCCGUCUUUCGCCUGGAGCAGUACCACUUCCCCACCACUCAACGGUACGGCGCGGGGUACGCCUCCGGGUCUUACAACGCCGGAUACAAGGCGCAGGAGAGCGUGAGAAUCGGGGCGCAAGUGCGCAUCGAACGGCUGAAGGAGCCGGAACACGGAGGGGACACCACCACCUGCGCCGAGUGA